AGCACCACCUAUGGUUUAUUAUAAGCAAUAAGAACAAUAACAAGCCACUCUCAUUUUUCAGUCAUGAAGUUUGGCUUCAGAUGGAUAAAAAGAUGGGUGCGUUCGCGAUCAAGUCCUAUACCAUUGGAUAGAGCAGAGGUAUGGGAAAGAAGAUUUGCCUUUGCCUACUUUUUCGCUGCUUGGAAUUUGCUUGCUUACCUUGGUUAUAAUUAUUACAAAAAUAAACAAAUGGGAGUCAAAAUGAUAGAAGAUGGAGAAACUUUGGCGGAAAAGAUGGUGAGAAGAGCCAACAUGCAAAAUGUAACUAUAUACAAGGUGAACAACUUAAGUUAUGAGGGGAAAAGAACAGUUGAUAGCGUAGAAUUGGCAGAGAAACAUCAACAAAAAAUUGAUGAACUUCGAAAUUCAUUAUCAUGAAAAGUUUUUCAUAAAUAUAUAGUCACAUACAAUGCAA